CAAAUAACAAAUGCUCAAUGUAAUAUUCAUAAACGGCAGCAUACAGUAGAGGCGUGAUGACGUAUGACGUGAGGCGUGCUGACGUGUCCACCGCCUCCGCACCUCACAGGUGAAUGCAAUUUAAAGUUAAUGAGGCCGCCUCGCGCUCUCACCAGAGGAAGAAGAUAACUUUCCGAAGAGAGCCACCGUCACCCGUCGGCUUCAAGUGUAAAAAAAAUAAAAAAAAAUACAACAAAAAUAAUACACGAUGAGUGAGUCAGAACAGAAACAAGAGGCUGGAGAGGUGUCUGGGCCUCAGUGGCCUGAGAACGGAGGGGAGUGGAGUGAUGGAGAGGAUGGGACCAACAUGGACUGUGGGCUCCUGCAGGCCAUGGCCGAGGAGGACGAGGAGAUCAAUGUGCACAACGAGGAGACGUUUGGAACCGAUCUCGAUGCACAAGGAACCACAGAGGAUCCCAGCAGCGGCCUCCUUCAGUUUGUAGAGCCGCCGCCGCCACCGCCUGCCCCACCAACACCACCAUUACCAGAUCCCAAACCUCCAUCUCGCCACAGCUCCCCCUCCCCUCCGAGACAGAAACCACAGUGUCUGCCCCGGACUCCCCUUAGGCAGCGUGGAAGAGGUAGGGGGUACAGGGGAGGGCUGGACAGGGGGCAGAUGUUUGAAGACCCCGCAGUGAUGAGGAUUGUGGAGGGGCGUCCAAACCUCAAGACUCUCGACAGUGCCAUAGUGGACUGUGGGAACACCGUGUGCCAUGAGCCCUUUGAGGAAGAUUGGAUGGCACCCUCUUACAGCAAAACCAGACGGAUCUCAGGAUCACUACUUCAGGACAGUGCUAUAGUUUGUGUGAUUGAUGGUCACAGAGGCAGAGGUCAGCACCUGACCUCCAACGUCCUGGAUUUGCCAUAUCCAGUCUCUUCCUUCAGGGGCAGCAGAGGGGAACCCAGAGGAAGCUACGCCAGGAGACAGUUUGGCCAAAGAGGCCCCUCUCAGAUGCAUUCACCAAUAAUAACAGGAUCACCCAUCUUCUCACGUCAACCUUUGACCCCACGGCAGCUUUACAAUCAGCCUGGGAGAUUCAUGUUUCCUUCGAGCCGCCCUUGCCCCUCCACUCCUCAGUCUCUGACUCCUAAGAUGAUGCAACUUCGCUUUGGUGCCAACUCGCCACGACCGUCCCCCUUUUACAGCCCCUCGUCUAAUCCAGUGCAGCACUUCAGGUACCCAGGUCCGGUCACCCAGCUCCACCCCCAACACAAACGAUUACUCAGUCAAAAACAAGGUGCAUUUCAAAGAAAGUUUGAUGGCUGGGAUCCUUAUUGUAAUCUCAUGACGACCAAAGAGAGAGAGUGGAUCACCAGGCUGCAGAUGAUUCAGCUGCAAAGUGAGAAUCCGUACCUUGAGGACUACUACUACCAGGAGUAUUAUCGACGAAUAGAGGCCAAGAUGGCUGAGGAGGAGCUUGGCAUCAGAGGCAAGAGGGAGCCGCCCAAGCUCACCACGCCGUACAUCACAAAGACUGACUCCUACGCACCAGUGGUCCACAUCGAAGGCUCUUUGGGUCAAGUUGCUGUGUCAACAUGUUACUCUCCUCGCCGUGCCAUCGGUGCAGUUCAUGCAGUCCAAGCUCAGGGUCCACUUGAGGAACAAAAGGACAUGAGACAACAGCGGUUGGAGGUCCUCAGCAAAAUAGAAAAGUUGUUCAUAGCCCUGUUGGAAGUGGAGGAGACGGCGAGGAUGAAAACCCCCGUCUUGUCUGAAGCAGAAGAACGACGUCUCGGGGAGAAAACCCAGUGGAAGGUGGAGAACAUCUACUCCCAGCUGCAAGACCACAACCCUGCAGAUUCAGGAGGGGAGUUUCUUCCUUUCCUGCUGGUCUCAAAAGGCAAAAGGCUCCUUGCCCGUUUGCUCCCAUUCCUAAAACAGGAUUCUGCACUGAAAAUCUUGCGUAUUGUGACAUCUAACUUACCGACGCUGAUGAGCAGAGAUGCAGAAGAGGCUCUUCCAGUGCUCUACCCAGCCCUCAGAAAUGUGAUUGGAGGACUGAGCUUCAGUCAGCUCAUUAAGGUCCUCAAAGAUCUAAUAACAUCUGAGCCUCUAUCGACAUACGAGAGUCUAACAGUGACAUGUCAGAACAAGUUUGGACUGUCUUUACUGUAUGCUCUCCUCUCCCAAGGAGAGAAGCUGCUGUCUUCAGGUGUUCGUCUGGAGCCCAGCAUCGGUGACUUUGAGACCUGGACUGACACCAUAUUCCAGGUGGCGGGCCAGCUAUCCCAGUGUUCACUGGUAGAGCCGCUCAUUCUGCCCUCAAACCUCCUCACUCUCUUCUGCCGUUACCUGGACAAGCGUACUGUGCAUCAGCUGAAAAGCAAUAUUGAGUCUGCAACCGGAUUCGUGGCUCUUCCAUCUUAAAUUGGACAGAAGUUAAUGAGAUGUUCAGCUAAUGACCAGGUUGUAGUGAGCACUAGAGUGAAAGGAGCAGAGGCGCAGCCCGUGCAUUAACUCCUCAGUGUUCUUUAUAACAGAAGCUAUGUCCUCUGAACUGUAUUCAAAAUACUUUGAUUCUUAUUCCUUUCCCCUUCCUCCCUCAUCCCUUCACAUUUUGCACUGUCGAACUGUUUCCCUUUUUAUUUAAUUCAUCUGAUUAUUUUACUUUCCUCCCCCUGGUCUCCAGUGGGUUACAUCAUGCAAGUUACAACUAAAAUUACAAACGUUAUUUUUUUUUUUUUAAACUUCAAGUGUUGAUCAUUUCAUGAGAUCAGCAUGUAAUGUAUCUGGUAACAUUACAUUAACUAGCGAAUGGAGCUGAUUAAUGUCUGGCUCUUAUCCAACUACUGUACCUGAAUUUAUUUCUGAAAGUAUCUAACAGCCAGUUACAUUUAGGACAAGGAGUCUGAAAUAUAUGUGCUGGUUCAGAUAUUUGUAAAAGUUAUUUGCCUUAAACUAAAAAAACUAAGAGCACAUUCAAAAUAAAUAUUUUGCAAUGUAGCUUACCUGGAUUAUUGCAUCAGUUAUAAGUUUUGAGUAACUACACCCAAAAAAUAGUAAUCUAUUUAUUACUGAUCUCGGAUAGAAUAAAACAAAACUACUCAUUUUGUUAGUUAAGUGGUAAAUCCCUUGUUGGUUUAAAUACCUAACUUGUUUUUUUGUUUCUUUUUAGCAUUCUGUGAUAACAACCUAUGCAUGUUGUGGAACGCACAAGUUUCACAAUGGUGACCAGUUUGAGGAUUGUAUAAUAUGAUUGUACAUCUGAACCUAUACGUUCAUUAUAAUAACCAUAAAAGGAAGUUGUCAUGGCAUGGGCAGUAUACAUAAUCCAUGCAAUUUGUUUUUUGGAAAAAAAAAGAGCAUGCAUUGUGUAUACAUGUUUAGCGAUAGUAAAUAUGAUGUAUAUGAUGUAAUUUUCCAUCUUAGAUGUUUAAAGUUGUAAAGAGAUUUUUAUUUAUUGUAUUCAUUUGGAAACAGGAAUAAUUUAAAUUGCACCAUUGUAGAGCACUUGCAAUAUAAAUAAAAAAAAAACUUUAAAAAUG